AAGCAGUGAUGUCAUCAGAUAAUGCGUAGCAGGCGAAAAUGACGACCCCUCAGACUGCGACUGCUCGAAUUAGUUCAAAGAAACAAACCCUUGAGGAUGCUUAUUCUCCUCCAGCAAACUUUUUAGAAAUCGAUGUUUGUACUCCUCAAACACACGGAAUAGGCAAAAAGCGGUAUACCGACUAUGAAAUGCGUUUACGGACAAAUUUACCAGUAUUUAAGUUAAAAGAAUCCAGUGUUCGGCGUCGGUACAGUGAUUUUGAGUGGCUGAGAAAUGAGCUGGAGCGUGAUAGUAAGAUUGUGGUUCCCCCUCUUCCAGGCAAGGCACUGAAGAGGCAGCUACCGUUCCGUGGUGAUGAUGGUAUAUUUGAAGAGGACUUCAUUGAAGAAAGACGGAAAGGACUCGAGAUAUUUGUCAACAAAGUGGCCGGGCACCCGCUAGCUCAGAAUGAGAAGUGCCUACACAUGUUUCUUCAAGAGCCAGUCAUAGAUAAGAACUAUAUCCCAGGCAAGAUCCGACCAACAUAGAUAGAGUCUGCUGGCUCCUGCAUAUUUGGUGUGUCACAUCCAUCAGACUUUGCACGACUUAACAAUGUGCGCCGGAAGCGAGGACAACAUCUGGAUUGACGAGGGCGCAUGUUUCUGAUUUACAAAUGUCAAGACCAAAUCAUCAUGGAAUAGUUCAUCUUUCCUUAUCAUUUGCUUGGUCAAAAAAUGUAGCUUUCGAUAUUUGUCAACCUGGAUUUGAUGGAAAUGUACUACAGUUAGUGACGUGUCCUGGCAUUAUUGUUUUUUAUUAAAAUUAAUGGAGAGUAAUACGUUUGUGCGACUUGAAAGUCUAUGAAACGAAAGGUGUGACUGUUUUCAAUAUUUUUGUACAUCAAAGUUUUGCCUCCCCUAUAAGAAAUCUUGUUAAGUGAUUCAUAGCAAAGAUGAAUGUGAAUUUUGUUAAUCACAUUGACAAACAUUUGAAUUUAUUUAUUAAGAAAUGGCAAGUCCUUAUUGUUUUCGUGUUGGUUAUCAAUAGUUAUGAUAGAAGAUAUUAAAGAUAUUUCCUUUGGCUGUAUGUACAGGUGAAACAGGCACAAGUAGCUUUGAAAAUACCAUCCCAUAUUUAGCUAUUUUUUCUCAGGUAUUUAUUUAACCCUCAACUGAGUACAUAUAUUAAAAUUGUGUAAAUAAGGAACGUGAAUAAUUUCUCUGGUUUGGUUUCGGACAUCAAAUACAGAUUAAGUUGGUGUUGAUUUGGUUAAGUGCUCAAAUAGGAUGGAAUUGUAUCAGAUUUAAACCAUUACAUCGUGUACAUGGUACUCACAAUUCCAUGUUUUAAGGGUGAUUUCACCGUCAGAAGUUGUAAGUAAUAAACAUUUUAUUGUAAUAUUCAGACAUCUAGUUACACAUUAAACAUUUCAUUGGUGGUGUGUAUCAUGUUUAUACCAUUUAUAUGGAGUAGGUGUAGUUUUUGUUUUGUCUUAUAAAUUUUCAAGUUAAAAGAUUGGUUGUGAUAAUCAGUUCCAAAGAUACACCAGUCUAACAUGCCACAAUUUGGGGGGAACUAUAGGUGUUACUAUCAUACAAAAACAUAUAAGCAUAGACUAUUUAGAAGGGAGAAACAUUUCUUCACAAAAUAAAGAAUCUUUAAAAAUAUAAAUAUGCAAAACUAAGGGGCUGUUAUGCCUGUUUAAAAUAUUGUAACUGUAGGUUAAGUGUACAGUGUAUAGUUAAUUUAGAAGUGAGCUAUUACUAAAAUAUCAACAAUAUUUUACUAAACAUUUUUCUGUAGCUUUAUUACCAGGAUAAGAUUAUUGUAUAUAUGAAAGAAGUCUGUAUAAGUGUGGUUAUUUAACAUUACACACUGAGAUACAUGACUUACUUAUUAGGUUGAAAUGUGAAGUGAGAUUGUAAAAAAUAUUAUAAUAAUUAUUUGUUUAGAUUUUUUAAAUCUGAAAAUUAAAUAGUACAGGAAUCUUCAUUGUUUAAAAUCACUAAUUUUCCAAGUAUUUUCAUUGUUGCCAAAUCUCAUCAAGUCAGUGUCUGUAAUCUCUAACAUUCUUGAGUCACACCUGCACAAGCCUUUACAAUAUUUUAGGUUUUAAAUUUAGAAUCAGCCAUCAAAAGUGGAUUAAGAUAUAUUCUGAAAGUGGAAUGUAUUGAACAAAAUGAUUGUUGCAUACACAAUGGAACUGUUUCAUCUUAACCUUGUGCUCCAUAAACAUUGGACAACUAAAGCUGAAAUUUGUCAAGGGUCUAAUAUGAUGUCUGAAAACCAAAUAAUUAUGUUGGUGCAUGAUAAUAAGUGCCAACAGUGUUGAAAUGCCACCAUUAAACGUUACAAGCAAUUGGUGAUCUGCAUAACUUAAAACGAAGCAGGCGUGUCUCAGUGUAACAACCCUCAAUGGGAUUCCACCUGUGUAUGAUAUCCUAAAACCAAUACCCCGGACAAGGACUGUAUGCCUUCCAGGAUUUCUCUCCGAGGGUAUUAUUGACUUUUAUUACUCAACUUUCCAAUAAAUGAAGCAAGUGUUUGUGCUUAACAUUCACCUGGUCAACUUUUAGUUAAUCAAAAGGGGGUGACUUUAAGAUUACUCCUUCAUGUACUGGACAAAUGUAGAUAUAUGUGUAAUGUAUGCUGGUAACCAUGGAUACCAACCCAGUUGACAUCUUGAUGGUGAUUGGUCGUUGUACAUAACUAUGAUAGGCUACCAGCAAGUUAAUGUAAUUGUAAAUGUAUAUGUAUUCAUUGUUUUACCCUAACAUGGCUUUGUCUCAUCACUAUCAAAUAUCAUUUGAUAACGUAAUAACAUGGCAAAAUUGUUAUGAUUUAAGGGAUGCAACAAAAGGGAAUUACCAUAUAUUUUAAAGGGGCACCUGUUACUGAGAAAUCUAAUGUUUACAAAUUCUAAAUGUAAUUCAAGAAUGAGGAAAUCUUUCUUUUCCUUUUUAACAAAUUUCAGCUUGUUUUCUUUGGAAUUAGUUGAACUUGAUAUUGCUAUUUGGACCCCAUUCAGCAUAUUCAGUUUUGAUUUUUGAAACUGAUGAGACAAAGCCCUGAAAUGCUUUGUAGAAACAGCAGCUGUUUUCUAUACAAUACUGUAGUGUGCUCUCAGAUAAUUAAGUCUGCUUAUAUUUUAUUUUCAGUGUUUUCAAGAAAUUUUAGUUGUAACUUAAAGCAGCAGAAAUUUGUUUGGAAGUAUUUAAUAAUCUACAUGAAAUUCAAGUACCUAAAUGAAUGUAUUUUUGCAGUUCGAGCAUGUCCAUACUUGUUGGCAAAAAUCCUCCACAGUUACAAAGGAGCUGUACGAGCACAAGCAACGCUCCUGUCAUGUCUUACAUGUGCUGAAUAAAUCAUACAAUGUA